UUGCGUUUCCACGCCUCCCACUUUCACCCCCAUUGUGGUGAAUCUCCGGCUCACACACACUUUGCCAGACUUCCAGGAGUUGGACUGACCGAAGACGGAGCACCGACAACACUAAAAAAAACAACAGAAAAUUAAGAAAAUCCUCCUUUACGCAUGGAUCUACUUUAUCUUUAUGCGGGAUUUCAAGGAGCUGCAAUGGUCUUCGCUGCUGGGAAUUGUGGAGACUUGCACGGGAGAGAAAAGGCACACGUACUCUACGCUUCAAAGUUGUAAAAAGUAGUUUCCCUUGAAGUGUUUUUUUUUUUUCCGCCACCAGUUCAGACUCCGUGUUUCUCCAGCCUGUGGACCCACAGCCAUCAUGGCGAGGCGGACAGCGGACAAACCUUUGCGUUUGACGCCGAAUACGCGCGCUGCUCUCCGGGAUAAACACCUUAGUUUUCACAGGGGCUUGCUCGCUUUUUCGUGGAGCUUCGUUUUUUUAAUCUGCUCGGUUCUUUCUUGUGGAUAUUGCGGAGCCGAGACGGAGUUUUCCAUCCUGGAAGAAGCGCAAGUUUUGGCCGAUCAGAUGAAAAAGCUGUCCUCUCAGGAGCUGGGAGUCUUUACUAUGCAGAGGAUUUUCAACUCGUUCGUGUACACUGAGAAGACAUCAAACGGAGAGACAGAAGUGCAGCAGUUGGCCAAAAAGAUUCGGGAAAAGUUUAACCGCUACCUGGAUGUGGUGAACAGGAACAAACAGGUGGUGGAGGCCUCGUACACCGCUCACCUCACCUCUCCACUCACGGCGAUCCAGGACUGCUGCUCCAUACCUGCAUCGAUGAUGGAGUUUGAUGGAAACUUCAAUACCAAUGUCUCCAAGACCAUCUGCUGUGACAGACUUUCCCCCACCGUUAACAGCCGAGCUUUCAACCCUGGACGGGAUCUCAACUCAGUGUUGGCAGACAACCUGAAGUCCAACCCGGGGAUAAAGUGGCAGUACUUCAGCUCAGAGGAGGGCAUCUUCACGGUCUUCCCUGCACACAAGUUCCAGUGCAAAGGAAGUUACGAGCACCGCAGCAGGCCUGUGUAUGUGUCUGCGGUGCGUCCCCAGUCCAAACACAUCGUUGUGAUGGUGGACCACGGAGCAUCUGUAACCGACACUCAGCUUCAGAUCGCCAGGGACUCUGCACUGGUCAUCCUAAACGCCAUAGAUGAACAUGACAAGAUCUCCAUUCUGUCAGUGGCAGAGACGGUUCGCUCCUGUUCUCUGGACCAGUGCUAUAAGAGUCUGCUCUCUCCGGCCACCAGUGAGACCAAAAGGAAGAUGAGCACUUUCAUCUCCAACAUCAAGGCCUCUGAUGGAGCCACACAGCACGCAGCGGGCUUCCAGAAGGCCUUCCAGCUGCUCCGAAACACCAGCAGUCUCUGCAAACAGAGCACCACCACAGACAUGGUGAUCAUCUACCUGUCGUCUGGUAUCACGUCUCGAGAGUCAUCGGAGCAGGAGAAGAGAGCGACGCUCAGUGUGGUCAGAGAGGAGAACCGGCACCUCAACAACUCGGUCAUGAUCCUCACCUACGCUCUCAUGAAUGAGGGAGUAACAGGCCUGAAAGAGCUGGCUUUCUUGCGGGAUCUUGCGGAGCAGAAUUCGGUGAAAUACGGCGUCGACCGAAUAUACGACCGAGACCGCUCCUCUGUGGCGGCGGUGGCGUCUGGAUCAGCAGGAGCUUCCAUGAUGCCGGUGGUGAAGGGAAGCAUGAUGGUACUAAACCAGCUGAGCAACCUGGAGACGACAGUGGGCCGAUUCUACAUUAAUCUGCCCAAUCGCAUGAUCGACCUGGCCCGCUUCAGCCUGCCAUACGCUGACCCCAUGGGAGAUGGCUUUAUUAUGACCGUGAGCCGACCGUGUUAUUUUGGAAACCUGCUCCUGGGCGUGGUCGGGGUGGAUGUGAACCUGGCCUACAUCUUGGAGGAUGUCACCUACUACCAAGACUCACUGGCCUCAUACACAUUCCUCAUUGACAACAAAGGAUACACCCUGAUGCAUCCGUCACUGACACGGCCCUACCUGAUGACAGAGCCUCCCCUGCACACUGACAUCAUCCACUACGAGAAUAUCCCAGGAUUCCAUGCUGCCCGACAGAACAUCCUCAGCCUCCCUCUGGGCAGUCAGGUCAUCACUGUGCCAGUUAACUCCUCUCUGUCCUGGCACACCAACCGACUCAGAGACAAUAGCAAAGAUGCAUACAACGUCAGCUACGCCUGGAAACUGGUCCAGGACACGUCGUUCAUCCUGUGCAUCGUGUACGUGCAGCCAGAGAUCCCAGUUAAGCAGCUGAAGAACCUGAACACAGCUCCCAGCUCCAAGCUACUAUACCAUCGUUUAGACCUGCUGGGUCAGCCCAGCUCCUGCCUGCACUUCAAACAGCUUGCCACAGUUGAGUCCCCCACAGUGAUGUUGGCAGCCGGUAGUUUCUCCUCUCCCUAUGAGCACCUCAGUCAGCCAGAAACAAAGCGCAUGGUGGAGCACUACACUGCCUACCUGAGUGAUAACACCAGGCUUAUAGCCAACCCAGGCCUGAAGUCCUCUGUCAGGAACGAGGUUAUGGCGACCAGUCACGUCACGGAUGAGUGGAUGACACUAAUGGAAAUGAGUAGCCUCAACUGCUACAUUGUGCGCCGUUACAUAGCAACGCCCAGUGGGGUGCUCCGGAUUUACCCUGGAUCACUGAUGGACAAAGCCUUCGACCCGACCCGCAGACAAUGGUAUCAGCAUGCUGUGGCUAACCCAGGCCUCAUCACCUUCACGGGACCGUACCUCGAUGUGGGCGGGGCAGGCUACGUUGUCACCAUCAGCCACACCAUCCAUGCCUCCAGCUCUCAGAUGGCCCCUGGUUACGCCAUCGCAGUGAUGGGUAUAGACUUCACCCUACGCUACUUCUAUAAGGUCCUUCUGGACCUGCUGCCCAUCUGCAACCAGGACAAAGGCAACAAGAUCAGGUGCUUCAUAAUGGAGGACAGAGGGUACCUGGUUGCUCACCCGACUCUCAUUGACCCCAAAGGUCACGCCCCUGCAGAGCAACAGCACAUCACACAUAAGGAGCCGCUUGUGGCUAAUGACAUCCUGAACCAUCCCAACUUUGUCAAGAAAAACCUGUGUAACAGCUUCAGUGAUCGCACCGUGCAACGCUUCUACAAGUUCAACACAAGCAUAAUGGGGGAUCUAACCAACCUGGUUCAUGGUAGCCAUUGUUCAAAGUACCGUCUGACCCGAAUCCCCGGCACCAACGCCUUUGCUGGUAUCGUCAACGAGACGUGUGACUCUCUGGCGUUCUGUGCCUGCAGCACUGUGGACCGGCUCUGUCUCAACUGCCACAGAAUGGAACAGAAUGAAUGUGAGUGUCCAUGUGAGUGCCCCCUGGAGGUGAACGAGUGUACCGGCAACCUAACCAAUGCUGAAAACAGGAACCCUAGCUGUGAGGUGCAUCAGGAACCAGUCAGUCUGAAUGUGAUUGAUCCCGCUCUGCAUGACACCUUGCCCCAGUGUAUCAACACUCGUUGUAGCCAGAGAUACACCAGCAGUGACUGUUUCGGCGUGCUGGACUGUGAGUGGUGCAUGGUGGACAGUGAUGGUAAGACUCAUCUCGACAAGCCGUACUGUGCCCUGCAGAAGGAGUGUUUUGGUGGCAUUGUCGGUGCCAAGAGUCCCUAUGCGGACGGCCUGGGACUACUGGAUGAGGAAGUGGCGUCUCUGAACAUGAUCAAGAGCGCCCCCGUGGGUCCAGUCGCCGGGGGUAUUAUGGGAUGCAUCAUGGUGCUGGUGCUGGCUGUGUAUGCAUACAGACACCAGAUCCACAGGCGCUCACACCAGCAUAUGUCACCUCUGGCAGCACAGGAAAUGUCAGUGAGAAUGUCCAACCUGGACAACGAAAGAGAUGAGAGGGAUGAAGACAGCCAUGAGGACAGAGGAAUCAUCAGCAACACUCGAUUCAUUGCGGCUGUGAUUGAACGGCACACACACACUCCUGAACGGAGACGGAGGUACUGGGGACGGUCUGGGACAGAGAGUGACCAUGGCUACAGCACCAUGAGUCCGCAGGAGGACAGCGAGAAUCCGCCGGGAAACAACGACCCGCUCUCGGCAGGUGUGGACGUCGGUAACCAUGACGACGAUCUCGACCUGGACACGCCUCCUCAGACGGCGGCAUUGCUCAGCCACAAGUUCCACCCCUACCGGCACACGCAUACACACCACCACCCGUUGCACACGCACCACCUGCAGGCUGCAGUCACCGUGCACAGUGUGGACGCGGAGUGCUGAUCUUAGGCACGGCCUUCGUCCUCCUGCCAGCGAUGGAACAAUUUUUUUUUAUUAAAAACUGUUUUUAAAAAAUGCUUGUGCUUGAAUAGAAGGCACACUGUAGGUACUGUCAGGAUGGAUGCAGGGAGAGAGAAGCCUCAGCUGGACUCGUACCCACAGAGUCACUGGGCUGCUGGGACCUCUGCCAUGAAUGGAUAUUUAGCUUGAUAUGGGUAUUAGCCUCAUGGUCUCAUAGUGCCAUCAUCUCCAUCUCAACCUAGUCCUAAAUCUGGGAAGUGUACACAGUUUUACACACCGAAAAGUACCAGACCUGGAAUAUAUGUUUAUUUUCUGAAGGAUCUUUUGGCAUUCAGGACUCUGUAAGAGCACACAACAACCUUUGGGAGCAAACAAAAAUGCUGUUUGAGCCCAUUCAUUGAGGAGAGGACACAACUGGAACCUAAAAGCCUUGAGGGAGGACAGAUGUCUUCAUUACCACGUGGAAGGCCAUUAAACACUCUAUUGGACUGGAGAAUAUUCAAGCUAACUAACUAAUCUAGAUGCUGAUUGGACUCCUUUCGCCCCAGGGCUCCAUCCCAGCCUCCACACAGGUGGUUUCCCCACUAAACCCACUUGAGGUAGGGAAGAGGAGGGGAACAGAGCACUCCUUACACUUGUGAAAAAGUCUCAGAUGCAGAGUAAAAAGACUGUAUUUCCGCAGAGACCGGGCUCUGAUGUGGAAUUUUAUCAUGGAUUCUAUUACAGCUUUACUCGCGUCAGUUCUGCAGAUUCGCACUCUACAGUUGGUUUUCUCUGACAGUCACUGCUGGCCUUACACAGCAUGGUUUGGGCAGAUAUUUGGACAGUGUCUGCGAACUUCAAAGUACAAAAAAUCUUCAGUGAUUCGCAUAAAUAUAGGAAGAAACACUUUAAAGAAAAGAUUAUUUUUCUACUAUUUAUUAAAGAGGUAGAUUUUCAGGCAAGCAGCUGCCGCUAACACAAACAAGAAAGUAGUCCGGGAUAAGUGACACAUGCCGACCCACUUCCUGUAACUAAUGCAUCGUGUUUAGGGCUCAUUAUUUUACUAAAAAUCUCUGACUGCUUGUGUUUAUUUUGAAUUUUAGGAAUAGCAACAAAGCAAUGUGGGAUUUUUUUUUUUUUAAUCACACUGAUGGACUCGGUACAUAAUCAACAGCUCAUUUUCCUUCCAUUUUUCUCUGCAUUUCCAAUCACCAGAUGCAAUAUUCUAAGCUAUCACCUCCAUCAGAGAUCAUUUUACUAUAUGAUUUGGUGAAAAGUGUCUUCUUCAAGCAGGAACGAUUUUGGAUGAGCAGGAAUCUGAGUCAGAAUCAGAUCUGCUCCUUUCAAAAAAAAAGAAAAGAAAUUCCAGAUAUUGUUCUGUGAAUAUCAAUCCAAAAAAAGCAGAAAACGAUGAGCCUUAAUCACAUCCUGUGUCAGUGCAGUUUGGAGGAGGAAGUUGCCUUUGAUAUAUAAUACGCUCACAUUUUUGAAUCACUGAGGUCUUUGUGUUCUUGUAAGGUAAUGCAGAACAUUGUGGACAUGGAGGCAGCCUCCUGGGGAUGAAGGAGGGAAGAGAGAGAGAGAGACGAACACCAGCAAAACAUUCCUGGCUUUAGUCACUGCUGGGGAUUUGGUGUGUGUGUGUGAGGCUUAAUUGGGGACCCUUGCAGAGGUCCUGAGAGAGUCACAGAGACUAAGACCCAUUUUAACACAACUCCUUGCCUCUGAGGCCAAGCUGAUACUGUAUGUAUGCUAAGGUUGUGUGCUGGAUUUGGUGCAAACCGAAUUUCAAGAGAUGCCCAAGAUGGAGUCUCGUCAAAGGGAGUGAAUGAGGGAGAGAUGCUGCUGUUGCUGCACAGAGGUUACACCCAUCUGUCGGCACCACUGUGGUUAACCACUCAAAAUGUCUUUUCUACAAAAUGUGUGAGUGUGUGUGAGUGAGUGUCUGUGAGAGAGAGCGAGUGUGUGAAGAAAGAAUGAUUAUUCACCUGGAACAUUUUCAUUGAAUGCAUUAUUAUGUAUUUUUUUCAAGAUAGUAUUAGAGAAUUAUAGGUGAAAUAAUUAUGAUUGAGAAAUCCACUUAUUUUUAUUCUGAUGAAGAGUUGCUCGACCUGGUCUGUGCUCCGUGCGUUUGAUCGUUCAUCUGGUCAAAUCACGUCAAUGUGGCAUCCAUUUUUAUUUCUGGGUGCAGAAAUGUUUAUUGUUUUUCAGAGAUUCAUUAUGAAGUGUAAAUACAGAAUCACAACUAGCUAUUAAUGUCCUGUACACUCCAUAUUUUUUUAUGUUGCUAAGACGUGAUGUAUGCUUCAAAUGAUGCUCAGAUAUUCGGGUUGAUAUUUUGAAUUGUCUGUUCUUGGUGUCUCAUUAUAUUUCCGAUGCCUUGGAUGUUUGUUUGUUUUUUGUUUGUUUUUUUUUAGAUUUAUUUUUCUUUAGGUCCAUAUUGGAUGGAAGUCAGUACUUGGAAAAAAUGAAUACACACUUUUACGUUUGAGAGACUUCUAGUUUUUAAAGUUUUAUCAUGUCUUCAAAAUGUUAAGAACUUAUCUCCAUGAAUUAAUUUAGACUUGCAAAAAUAGAAGAAAAAGAACCAGUACCACACCUUUAAGUGAAUAAUGACCAAAACAACACCCCUGUAGUGGAUUCAGGGUUUACAGUGGGCUGCUGUAAGCCGUGUUUUGGUUCUGUUGCUACUUAAGACUGUCAGACAUAUUCACUAAAUACGGUUACCUUAGUGUGUUUUGUCACUUUAGUAGAAUAUUUACAUGCACACACAAUGUGAGCUUAUUACACUUAAAGGACCAAUGUGUAAGAUUUAGUAGCAUCUAGCAGUGCAGGUGAUGAUUGCAACCUCCUUGCCUCACCCUCUCUUUCCUAGCAAUAGGUGAAACUACAGUGGCCAUGAAAAAGGCGAAAAGCCCCAUCUAGAGCCAGUGUUUGGUUUGUCUGUUCUUGGGCUACUGCAGAGACAUUGUGGUUCAACAUGACGGACUCUGUCAACCUGCAGCGUCUGCAAAUAUAAAACUUUCACUCUAAGGUAAUAAAAACAUAACGAUUACUCCUUUUUUAGGUGAUUAUAAGCUGAUGGAAACUAUAGUUAAGCAUAUUCCAUUUCAGCCAUAUUCUGCAAAGCCCCCUAAAUCUGACACACUGGACCUUUUUUAAAGCUGCAAAACUGAUAAUUGAUACCUCUAAAAGAGCAGAGCGAUUAAAACAUACUAGUAUUAUCUUAGUACACAAUCGUGAUAGAAAAUGUCUAAAGCACUACUGUUGAACUCGUAGGAUCUGUAGUGGGUUAAAUGUUCCACUCAAGACUUUUUAAUGUUGGGAGAUUUAUUUACCUGCAGUCACACCAAUAAAAGUCAAAAUUCAAAAAUGUCUUUUUUUUCCACUUUACAUCAGACUUAACAUUGGUUCAGUUUGACAUUGAAGCAGUCUUGUAGCAUUUCAGGGCAAUCUUUCAAAUGCAAUCUAGAGUGUAUAUUUUGAUGUGUGUGUGUGUGCGCUGGGGCAAUUUCUUUUUCUCUGUUGUGAAAAGCAUUUUUUUUUCUGGAGAACUUUAAACAGUAUUUACCAGCUGUUGUAAACAAGUAUAUGUGUGUAUACAGAACACUCUGAAUCGCAUUAAUUAAUGUACUGAAGGAACGUGUACAUCACCCCUCACCCCAUGUAUCAUAUAAAGUUAUCAAAUUGAGAUUUAUUGCAAUGUGAAUGUGAUAAAGUCCAUUUUACACUUAAA